AUGUUUGGGAUUCCCAAAUACUAUGGCUGGAGGGGCAGGUCCCUGAACCUGGCCAUCAGCUCCCUAGGCAGUCUCGAUUUCUUUCUCUUCGGUUAUGAUCAGGGCAUCACUGGCGGCUUCUUGGAUCUGCCGUCCUUCACCAAAUAUUUCCCUAGCAUCAACCCAGAUGAGGAAGGCAUCGACAGGGCCACCCAGAGCACCCGCAGCACCAACCAGGGUAUCACCGUCGCUGCCUACAACCUCGGCUGCUUCACCGGCGCUGUCCUCUGCAUCUUCAUCGGUAACCCUCUCGGACGUCGCCGCACCAUCAUGGUUGGCUGUGCUACCAUGAUCACCGGCGCCAUCCUUCAGGCCACGGCCUACGACCUGCCUCACUUCAUCGUCGGACGAAUCGUCACCGGUAUCGGGAACGGAAUCAACACCAGUACCGUCCCUACCUGGCAGUCUGAAUCGGCCAAGUCUCACGACCGAGGGAAGCUGGUCAUGUACGAAGGCUCUCUCAUCACUGGCGGUAUCUGUCUCAGUUACUGGAUCAACUAUGGAUUUGCCUGGAUCGGGAAGAAGGAGGUCGCCUGGCGCUUCCCUAUCGCCUUCCAGAUCAUCUUUGCCCUUGUCAUCAUCGUCUCCAUUUCAAAUCUCCCCGAAUCUCCCCGAUGGCUCGUCAUGCAGGGCAGGGACGAGGAGGCCCUUCAGAUCCUCGAGGCCCUCAACGACAAGCCGCGCACCGACAUCAAUCUGCGCAAGGAGUUUGAGAACAUCAAGGCCACUGUCAUCGAGAUGUCCAAGGGUACCUACCGCAGCCUGUUUGAUAUGAGCGAGUACCGCGAGUUCCAUCGCGUCGUCCUUGCCUAUGUCAACCAGAUGUUCCAGCAAAUCUCCGGUAUCAACCUUAUUACUUACUAUGCCCCCUCGCUGUACAGGCAGAUUGGUCUUACCCAGAACAACUACCCCAAGCUUCUCGCUGCCUGCAACGGUACCGAGUACUUCAUGGCCUCUUUCAUCCCCAUCUACAUCAUCGAGAAGGUCGGCCGUCGCCCACUCAUGCUCUUUGGUGCCGCCGGAAUGUCAAUCUCGAUGGCUGUUCUCGCCGGUACCAAUUACCGCCUGACGCACUUGGACGACUCCCAGGCUGGUAUCGGGCAGGCCGUGUUCCUCUUCGUCUUCAACACAUGCUUCGCCAUUGGUUGGCUCGGCAUGACCUGGCUGUACCCGGCUGAGAUUGUUCCUCUGCGUAUCCGUGCCCCGACCAAUGCUCUGUCCACCAGUGCCAACUGGAUCUUCAACUUCAUGGUUGUCAUGGUCACUCCUGUCUCUUUCGACUCCAUCGGCUACAAGACUUAUGUCAUCUUUGCUGUCAUCAACGCCUUCAUGUUCCCUUGCGUCUACUUCUUCUUCCCCGAGACCCGCAUGCGUUCGCUCGAAGAGAUGGACAUGAUCUUCAAGAAGAGCCACAGCAUUUUCGACGUCACGGCCAUCUCCAUCAGGGAGCCCCACCGAUACGACAAGCACGGAAACCUCAAGCCCGAGUACCUCGAGGACAACGUACUUCGUAUCGAGGACGAGAAGACUGCCGCGGCUCCCUCACCUGAGCAUAUCUCCGACAGCGACAGACCCACUGCUGAGAUCAAGCCUUAG